AUGCGGACCGCCAAGCAGAGCAAGACUUGGCCUGUGUGCCGCGAAGCCGCGAAGACGCUGAGCUUGAGAGCUUCAGACCUUCAAGUGAAGAGCGCGGAUGCGAAGUUGAGGCACGAAGACGCCGAGCUUCAGAGAUUCAAACGAAGACGCGAAGCCGCCGAGCUUAUUCAGAGCUUGAGGUUCAUCAUCUCCGUGGCGGAGACCAUGCUGGACUCUGACGCCUUUCCCUGUAUCGACCCGAAAGAGCGAGCCUCUUCGUCCAGCAAGGACCUGGUUGCGGGGCGUGUCCCGAAGAUGCGCAGGGAGGAUCCAUGGGCCUCACUGGAGAAGCUGGAGGCAAUGGCUCCGCCACGCCCGCAGGCGGCAGAUGUGGACGACUUCCUGGGAUCGCUGACGCAGGCGGGGCGACAGUAG